GCCGCCGCCGGCCGCUCCCUCUACGGCGGGCCGGAGCUCGUCUUCCCCGAAGCCAUGAACCAUCCGUCCCUGACCGUGCACCCGGCCCCCCAGCUCGGCGCCUCCCACCUCCAGCACCCGCACUCCUUCUUCGGAACCCAGCACCGCGACCCUCUCAACUUCUACCCCUGGGUUCUGCGCAACCGCUUCUUCGGACACCGCUUCCAGGGGAGCGAGGUUCCCCAGGACAGCCUGCUCCUGCACGGCCCCUUCGCCCGCAAACCCAAGCGGAUCCGCACGGCCUUCUCGCCUUCGCAGCUGCUGCGGCUGGAGCGCGCCUUCGAGAAAAACCACUACGUGGUAGGCGCCGAGCGGAAGCAGCUGGCGGGCAGCCUCAGCCUCUCCGAGACCCAGGUGAAGGUGUGGUUUCAGAACCGGCGGACAAAGUACAAGCGUCAGAAAUUGGAGGAAGAGGGCCCGGAGUCAGACCAGAAGAAGAAGGGCUCCCACCACAUCAACCGCUGGCGCAUCGCCACCAAGCAGGCCAACGGCGAAGACAUCGAUGUCACAUCCAAUGACUAAGAAGGGACCUGGGGUGGGGGGGCAGCUGAGAAACCAAUGAGGGGAGCCAGGUGGGCUAGGGGACACCAUAAAUGGACUCAAGUGAGACCCACUGGAAACCAACUGCCCUAUCUCCUGUGCUCCCCCACCAUGCCCAAAAGCCCACUCCUCAGCCUUCCUUCAUCCCUGCUGGGCUGGGCAGCAGGAAGUGGGCAACUCCUACUGUGGGACCCCCAAGGGACUCAGAGACUGGGAGCAGCUGAUUGGAGAGGGAAGGCGAAGCAAGAAGGGACACCUUCCUCCGUGUCGUGUCUCUUCCAAACUCCUCGGGCUGGGCUGGGUCGAAUGACCUGAAGCAUCUACUCUGGCUCAGUGAGCCGUCAGCCUUGCCCUGGAACUCUCAACCCUGAUCCCCUACCUGAGCCUUCUCUGUUCCCUUUGCCUUUUCUGUUCUUACCUCCUUCUUCCUUUGAACGAGUUUUUAUUUUAAUUUAUUUCUUGUCCAAAGACCCCUCAGAUCCCCAAUCCCCACUUCCUUACCAUGACCCCAGCUAUAGGCCUUAGUGACAUCCUCCUGUGUCUCCCUUCCCUGUGGAUAAUAAAACAAAUUAAAACAAAAA